AUGGCUUCAAACGAUUAUCACGGUGGAAAAGCGAACAUUUUAUAUUCCUUUAAGGAUUCUGAGCGUUUGGAUAAUCUAUUUGUCUUAAUGAUUAAAUAUUUGCAAUUAAUGGGUCAAAUAUCUCCCGAUUUAAGCUCUUAUGUACCUACGUUUCUAAGCCCGAUAGAGCGUUGGUUUUCUCGUCUUUACGGUUUUUUGAUACUUUUCUCAGUGCUGCAUGUGGCAUUGUUUCUUGCCAAGAAUACAUUCGAUGUCUUAGAAACAGGCGAAUUGGAACAAAUUACAGAUUCAUUGAUGUUAACCAUUAUCUACUCUUUCGCUUCGUUCUCCUCGGCUUAUUGGAUGUUUAGGCAGAAGCGUUUAAUGGAAGUUUUGCAAGAAAUCAAUCAACUUCAUCGCCAUCACUCAUUGGCUGGCGUGACAUUCGUCAGUUACCGUUGCUCAUACAAUUUGGCUCAUAAAAUGGCUAAAUAUUGGAAUCUUUGGUGUAUUGUUGGUGUAGUCUUUUGGGCUUUGGCUCCGUUAUGUAUGGGUUCGCAUACCUUGCCUUUACCUUGUUGGUAUCCAUUUGAUGCUCUGCUACCUUUUAUCUAUGAAUUGGUCUACAUAACACAAAUUUGGGCCCAAUUUAAUAUGGGUUUACUUUUUGGCAAUGGCUCAGCACUGUUUGUAGCCAUUAUUAUUAUAGUAUUGGGCCAAUUCGAUGUCUUAUUCUGCAGCCUAAAAAAUUUAGAUAGCCAUGCUCUUCUUAUGAGCGGACAAUCUCUUAAAGCGAUAAAAGUUUCUCAAUCAUUACAAGAUGAUAAAGACAGCGAAGUUAAUCAAUACCUUUAUUCCACUGAAUAUUUAAGUGAUUUGGAGAAUUUAUCUCAACAAGUAUUGAACAGAGGAGAUAAGUCAUUUAAGCAACGCCUGCAUGCGGCUCUAAUUGAAUGCGUGCAUUUGCACCAAUUUAUUUUGAAAGCUUGUGAUACCUUGGAAGAGUUAUUCAAUCCUUUUUGUUUAAUCAAAUCUUUACAGGUUACUUUGCAAUUGUGUUUGCUAGUGUUUGUGGGUGUAGAGGGCGAACGUUCUACAGUCAGAAUUGUUAAUUGUCUACAAUAUCUAUGCUUAACGCUUGCCGAGUUUUUCCUUUUCGCCUAUUUCGGUGAAAUGCUACGCUGUCAUAGCGUAAGAGUUGGUGAUGCUUUGUGGCGUUCGCGGUGGUGGUUGAAUGCUCAUCUAAUAAAACGCGAUGUAUUCAUAUUUUUGACUAAUAGCGAACGUACAGCAAAGAUAACUGCUGGCAAGUUGUUUGUAAUGGAUCUGGAUCGUUUACGUGCGGUGGUGACACAAGCAUUUUCAUUUCUGACAUUAUUACAAAAUAUGGCUGAGAAACGAGAAAAUGAAGUCGCAUAAAACAACGCGGCAACAUU